GUUAUUUCAUGUUGAAACCUCGUAACAAGAAAAAUACUAACGAAAACAAAACGUUGUAUGUAGGUGCAUUCAACGAAACGUUGUUGAUCGUCGGUUAGAAUGGCCUCCGGUAGUACACCUGCAUAUCACUGUAUAGUCUGCACGCUGACCAAAAUUCCGUUUGCUUCACUCAGCAAAGAAAGCCAACAGAAAAUCGUACGCAAUGGGCGACCCACGGCCCAAAUGCCCAACUUGACGGCACGAUGUAUGAACUCGCUGAACCUCCACAUACACGACUGGAUGACGGGGUGCGAUCGGGAACGAAAGCUGUACUGUUGGCCGUGCUUGCUAUUCAACACCUCUGAGUACGACGUGUGGGGAAAGCGAGGAUUUUCCGACUUUUACAGAUUAUCCUCAGCACGUAUUGACCACACAAAAGACGUAUCGCACCAAGCCAAAAGCAAGACGUUAAAGCUGUGGAUCGAGACAGCAAGUGAGCUAAGUGAUAGUAGCGGUGAAGAGGAUGUAGAGUGUAUACCGGAACUUGACUUUCUGAACGCAACCGCAUCCGAGUUGGACGAAGAGCUGGACGUCAAACCCAAUGUGGAAGCGUUGAACGCUAGUAUAGCUUUUUCUCAGGCCCUGGGUGUCGCACCCGUGGUGGAUCUUUGCGAAGCUGCCGAGGACGGAAGUGGGGUAGUAACGCGCUUCCAAAGCUCAGCCAUCGUGGUCGAUUGUGAGGAGGGUACUCCGAACGAACCGGACGGGUUGGGUGAAAACAGCCACGCAAGUAAUGCUUCAUCAGCUGCGGCCGGAAGAAGGAGGAGCGUAUCACCGGUUGAUGAUUUAGCGCGCAUUUACAAAAAAUCUUCGAUCGAAUCCGUUGGUUCUAUAAUGUCCCACACAAUACAGACUGGUGCGGAAAAAUAUCAGCUUAAAUGGCAUUCUCACUAUCAGAAUAUGAAUAUCUCUCUUUCGAAUCUCUACAAAAACGAUCGUUACGCAGAUGUAAUGCUUCUGACAUGCAACGGAGAAGAAAGCUACACCAUACCUGCUCAUAAGUUAAUACUCGGUACUUCCAGUUUGUAUUUUGCAAACAUCUUCGACAAAAAUCCUGUCCCUCUGAAUGCGAUAACCUACAUCGUGCUUCCACCGGAUCUCACAUACCGUUCCAUGCAAAUUCUGAUACAAUAUAUGUACACAGGUGAAUCCACCGUCUCCACCGAUAUUCUAAAUGAAGUUCUCCGCGGUGGAGAAAUACUUAAAAUACGCGGUCUCUGGAGAAACGAUUGUAUGAAACCUGCCAAUACGGACAAUAUACACUGCGCCACCAGCAGCAAGGACCAACAGCACUUAUCGGGUGACGCGUGUCCCGGCCGGUUUGUCAGCCCCGUAACAGUUACCAUGCCGCAAAGAUCUCACACUCCCUUUCUUCCACAUAACGCACAAUCUUCCUCGAGUCCGUUAAUAAACGUGAAGCGUGAUAUGGCCAUUGAUCCGGGGGAAACGCGUAAUCUAUCGGGCACAGUCGAUGGAUCAAGAGUAGGACAAUGUCAUACUAUGAAAAAUCAAGAAAAUAUUCACACUCGCGAAGGGGAUGCUCUGUCGCAAGGUUUAUAUCACGAGCUGCACGAACAACAAAAGAAAGAUCACAUAAGAACGCAACAGCUACCCGAACAGAGCAUACAGGAAAGAGUUAUUCUGUCCAAAAAGAGCAUUACGACAGACACUUCGAAUGCGGCUGACGACAGUCGAACAGGUGGAAUGCCACAGGAGCUGAACUUUCUUGAUGUGAAAGCGGAACCAGUAGAGUGGAGUGAUCUUCGUGCAGGUGAGUUGCCUCUGCCUGCUAGGGAAGAUGCUCAAAAUGUUACGCAAAGGGUAGAGCUAGACAAAAGCGAAGACACGGGAGCUUCUCCGAAGGAAAUAAAAUCGGAAGAUUGUAAUGCUUCGGUAGCGGAAAAUUCUCAAUCUUCACCAUCGUCUACCGAACAACCCAUCUACUCUCCACUAACAUGCGAACUAUGCAGUGAAACGUUCACUAUUCCUGGCGAAUGGGUGCGGCAUAUCGAAGGUCACAGCGAUACAUCACAAACGAUGCCGAAGCGAAAGCGCCGCACGGAGGAGUCAGAAGGUACAGAUGAGACGGCCGCCUUGCGGUGCGAUUUGUGCGCGACGUUCUACGUAACGCCAGCUGACUGGGUGCGGCAUGUGCAAAGUGCACACACGGAAUCGGAACUUGCGGCCAGCAACAAGCGUGCAAAUCGCCGGCGAACUUCGGCCAACUUCCAGGCAACAAUAGGUACACCAAUGCCGACGAGUGAUACUACGCAAUCCGAGAAGCACUGCAAUAUUUGCAGUAAAUCCUUUCCUUCCUAUGCCAGUAUGACUAUCCACAAAAGAAUUCAUACAGGCGAAAAACCUUUCUACUGUGAAAUGUGCAACAAGGGAUUUACUGUAAAAUCCAAUCUAAUUCGACACAUGCGAUCCUUACACAACCAACCAGGAUACCAGCUGGGAUCACCGCAAGUUGAUCAGGACAGUGAAAGCUCUGAGUGAGACGAAUGGCAGGAAAAGUAUUUAUAAAUCCCCCGAGCAGGUACACUGUUCGUCGUAACCCACGAAACAAAUUUAAAUACUGUUCAUCUUGAUUUAAGUAUUUUAAAUUAUUCAUAGCUAUUUAAGCUUAAGAUAAAGUAAUUUUCAAAUAAGCUUGAGUUAAUGAAUGUAAAUUUUGCAUAGUACAGCCGCAUUACAUCAUCGACGAGCAUAUAACAACAUAAAAAA